ACCAAUGUUUUAUUCCAUUGGCAGGAUUUCAGUAGUAACCAAUGUAUUAUUCCAUUGGCAGGAUUACAGAAUGAUCCGGUCCUAUAAGUAAACAUGUCGACAUGUGCUAGCGUUUAUAAACCUCCCACUAGCGGGCACAGUAAAACAUGAUUUUAUCAGAGACAAAACCAUGCAAGAUUUACAAAAGAAAUCCAUAAUUCACAAUCAAUCUCAAAUUUCAGAAAUAACCAGAAAAUUCCAUGUGGGCAUGGAUUUAACCAAUGUUUUUGUACCCGGCCCGGUGGUUGACCCGUUUUGGCCACCGGGUCUGGUUCAACCGGUUGAACCAGUUCACCCGAUCGGUUCAACCGGUUGACUAAAAACCUUUUUUUUUUUUACAUUUUUACACCCGAGGCAAAGGCAAAUGCAAACGAAAAUCUGUUCUGUCAGUGGAAGAAGGAGAGGAAAGGCAGCGGCGAAAGGCUGAGAUCCGGGGAGGCAGUUGUGGAGUCGCCGACAGCUGAGAUUGGAGAGGUAGUUGGCCGCCGGUGACUUCGCUGCUCUGUUUUCUUUCUGCUUUUUGGCUCUUCUGCACAGAGAUGGACUUGCUUUCUGGUUUUGCUUCUGCAGAGACAAAGGACUGGAAGCCGCAGACGGAGGCCACGAGCGAGCAGCAGGUUCUCGAUUUCUGGCUGAGAUCCGAGGAGGCAGUUGUGGAGUCGUCGAUUGCUGAGAUUGGGGAGGCAGUUGGUCGCCGGUGACUUCGCUGCUCUGUUUUCUUUCUGCUUUUUGGCUCUUCUGCACAGAGAUGGACUUGCUUUCUGGUUUUGCUUCUGCAGAGACAAAGGACCGGAAGCCGCAGACGGAGGCCACGAGCGAGCAGCAGGUUCGUGAUUUUUGGCUGAGAUCGGGUGGGGAAAGGCCGGCGGUGGUGACUGGUGCGUGGUACUGGUGGUGGUCCGGUGGUGCUGUUCUUCCCCUGCUUUCUUUUGUUUUUAAUUUCUCUUGGGUUUGCUUUUGCAAUUUGUUGCGAUUUUUAUUUUUAAUUAAAGUUAAUGGUGUGGGUAAUUAACUAAUUAUGUUAAA